AGACGAGUCACAGUGACAGACGCUGUUAGAGGAGGAGCUGGGGAUUGUGGAUCUUCUUCUUGUUCGUCUUCUUCUCGUGUGCCGACCGCAGGAUGUUCGGCUCUGUGCUGCUCUGCUGCAUCUCCUUCAGUCUGCUGCGUCUCUCUUCUUCUCUGGUUCAUGGAAACAUCCAACUGGAUGAUGGUCCGGCCGCCGCCCGCCGCACCGACACCUCCUACCUGUCAGACAUUGCAGAGAGAAGCCACGCCCCCGACCCCAUGCAGGAGCCCGCCCUCCUGCCUGUUGACUCAGUGGAGGAUCACUUCCUGAUGGACACAGCGUCCUACGAUGAGGACUCGUCAGCAGCCCUGCAGCUUCAGGGUCGAGCCAUGCGUUCAUCGCGACGCUGCAUCCCCCACCAGCAGUCCUGUCUGGGUUACCCACUGCCCUGCUGUGACCGCUGUGACACCUGCUACUGCCGCUUCUUCAACGCCAUCUGCUACUGCCGACGCGUUGGCCACGAUUGCCCGCCCAGACGCACCUGACACCACACCUGACACCACACUGGAGACAGAGACAGACAGACAC